UGUAGUGUACAUUUGUCUGAUUUCUGAAUACAUAAUAAUCUUCCUAAGGGCAAACCCUUAACGUGUCAAGGAUCGUGCUAACUAUAUGACUUGGAGUUUCUCACCUGUUUUCCAGCCUGGGCAAUUUAAUAACUUAGCAAGUCCCUGUCUCAAAAUAUAGAAUAUAGAGAGAUGGGGUGUAGCUCAAUGGGGGGCAGCGAGGUAGGAGAAUGCUCCGGGCGGUGGCGGGGUUUGGGGUCGGGGGUAACCUGCAGGCGGGAUCCCUGUCCUGAGAAGACACCUUCAGUCCUCAGGGGGGCGCAGUGACCCGACUCUCUGUCUCCGAGCUGCAGGAAGUCGGCGCCCCGCAGUGCCUCCGGGGACUUGUAGUUCGCGGCGUGGCGCGCAGGCGCAGUGCCAACUGUCUACAUAGUGAGCAGGCUAUGGACUCGGCGGAGAGACUAGGGGACGAGAGGUCGGCUAGAGCCCAGUCUGGUUCGGCUGGGGUGUUUGACCGGGUGUCCAUGAUCACCUGAGACCUCGCCAAGGGACUGUUCCCGGCCACCUGCCUGCUCCUGGAGGACAGAAUGGCUGCUGGCUUCCUGGCCUGCUGGUCCCAGGAGCCUGGUCCUGCAGUUUCUGUUGUGUGUCCAGAGCUGUCAUCUGGAACAUCAGGAGGGCCAACCUCCCCUACGGGUCAAACGGUCCACUGGUGCCAGGACUCAGUGGUCUUCGAGGAUGUGGCUGUGCAGUUCACUCAGGAGGAGUGGGCUUUGCUGGAUUCUGCACAGAGGGACCUCUACAGAGACGUGAUGCUAGAGACAUUCUGGAACCUGGCCUCCAUCAAUGAUGAAAGUCAAUUUAAAGCCAGAGAUUCAGUUUCUCAGCAGGAUAUUUAUGGAGAAAAAAUACCUAAGAAACCAGAAAUAGCAAAACUGACGAAGAAUGAUUCUUGGGCCUCUGCUUUUGGGAAAAUUUGGGAAGAUUUUGCCUUUGAAGAUCAGCACACAGGCCAGGGGAGAAAUCUAAGAAAUGAAACAGUGGAGACAUUCUGUGGAAGUAAUGGCAAAUGCAUAGACACCUUCAGCCAGAUUCCAAAUCUUAAUCUACAUAAGAGAAUCACUACUGGGGCAAAACAGUAUAGAAAAAUGAUGCAACGUUUGUCUUCCAAAGGCCGCAUCACAAUUCACACUGGACACAAGCCAUACCAGUGUCAGGAAUUUGGAGAGGCCUAUAGUUGUCAUUCAUACUUGAGAGCACAUGUGAGAGCCCACAAUGGAGAGAGACCUUAUGCCUGUGAAUUAUGUGAGAAAACCUUCCCUCGGACUUCUUCCCUCAAUCGGCAUGUAAGGACUCACACUGCAGAGAAAAACUAUGAAUGCCAGCACUGUGGGAAAGCCUUCAUUGACUUCUCAAGUCUCAAUAGCCACCUGAGAAGUCACACUGGAGAGAAGCCAUAUAAAUGCACAGAGUGUGGGAAAACCUUCAGCUAUUCCUCAACAUUCCGCAGACACACAAUAACACACACUGGGGAGAAGCCAUACAAGUGUAAGGAAUGUGGGAAUGCCUUCAGCUAUUCCUCCACAUUUCGCAGACACAUGAUAUCACACACAGGAGAGAAGCCACACAAAUGCAAGGAAUGUGGAGAAGCCUUCAGUUACUCCUCAGCAUUUCGAAGGCAUGCGAUCACACAUAGUGGAGAGAAACCACAUGAGUGUAAACAAUGUGGAAAAACCUUCAUUUAUCUCCAAUCCUUUCGAAGACAUGAAAGGAUCCAUACUGGAGAGAAACCAUAUGAAUGCAGAGAGUGUGGGAAAGCCUUCAUUUAUCCCCAAUCCUUUCGAAGACAUGAAAGGACUCAUGGUGGAAAGAAGCCCUAUGAAUGUACUCAGUGUGGGAAAACCUUUAGUCAUCCCUCAUCUUUCCAAGGGCACAUGAGAGUACACACUGGAGAUAAACCCUAUGAUUGUAAGCAGUGUGGGAAGACAUUUAAUUGGCCCAUAUCCCUACGAAAACACAUGAGAAUACAUGACAGAGAGAAACCCUAUCAGUGUAUCCAGUGUGGGAAAACCUUCAGUUUGUCAGCUUGCUUUCAAGACCAAGUCAGAAUCCACCCUGAGGACCAGUCCUAUCAGUGCAAGCUUUGUGGGAAAGCUUUCUAUUGCCAUAUAUCCUUACAAAAGCAUAUGAGAAGACACACUGCAGAGAAACUCUACAAAUGCAAGGAAUGUGGGAAAGCCUUCAGUUGGCCUGAGCUUUUACAGCAACAUGUGAGAACCCACACUAAUGAGAAACCCUAUAAAUGUAAGGAAUGUGGGAAAGUUUUCAAAUGGCCAUCGUCUUUACCAGUACACAUGAGACUGCAUUCCGGAGAGAAACCAUAUCAAUGUAAGGAGUGUGAGAAGGCCUUCAAUUGUUCCUCAUCACUGAGGAGACACAUGAGGAUACACUUUGCAGAAAAGCAAUAUACAUGUGAUGUGGGACAUCCUCCUGAAAGUGAAUUCAUGUACAGUGUUCCACAAAAUGCACCCCAGGACAGCAACCUUAUAAAAGUUGUAAAUAUGGCCUUGCCCUGAUUAGUACCUCAGUCUCACAGUGGACACAGAAAGAGUCUGGUUUCAUUUACAAAUAAACAUUUAAGGAAAAAAAAUAAUUCUUCAAGGCUGGAUAUGGUGGUGCACACCUGUAAUCCCAGUACUUGAGAAGGAGAAGCAGGAGGGUCAUGAGUUCAAGGCAAGCCUGGGCUACAUAGUGAGUUUAACACAUUCCUUCCAACUUGAACCACUGGUGGUACAUGCAUGACUGUCCAUUGGGCAGCUUGUAUCAUUCAGUGGGACUGUCUCACAUUGCUUGAUGGGACAGUCAUGCAUAUACUACUGGUGGUUCAGAACCACUUGGCAGCUGGAUAUAUAAAUUAUGGCCCUGUUGUAAAUGUGUCAAGGCUAGCCUGGACUACAUACUGAGACCUAGCUCAAAAAAACAAAUAAUAAUAAACUCAAAAUAUGUUUUUUCCUACAAUUCAAUAAAUGACACAUCUUUACAGCUUGUUGGACUUGUGGAUGAUUUGAAGUGUAUUUUUUAGUAUGCAAGUGGAUUUAAUUUCUGUUAUC